CGUGACGCGCACACACACAUUACGGAAGCGCUGCUGCAGUUCACAGUUUAUGACAAACUGUUUGUUAUCCUGUGACUUACAAACUAGAUCAGGAUUCGUGCGCAAUGAUACUCUUCUAUUGUUGAAGUGAACCUUAAAAUUGUAAAAUGAAGUGUCUUCUGGUGGCCAAUGAGAGCGCAGAGGUUCUGUUCUACUGGACUGACACCGAGUUCGAGCAGUGGAUUCAGGAGCAGUAUGGAGUUUCCCAGGAGGAAGGAGAAGGACUGCCUGCGUUUGAAGACAGCAUUAACACUCUCUUCGCACCCAUCAUCAUCUCCUGUAGCACCAUGGUGGACCGACUCGGGGACAAUUACACCUCCUUCAGCACAGCAAACAAUCAUAUUUAUGUUCUGCAACAGACGGUGGAAAGGUUGAUCCACCCGACCCUUUGUGAGCAGUGCAUCGAGUUUCUGGAGCGUCGUCUGGUGCAGCAGAUCAACAGCAACAUGGACAGAAUGGGCGAGGAGGUGCUACACGCUUUCAUACUGGUGCACACCAAACUGCUGACCUUCUACUCCAGUCGAAAUGCCAGCAAUCUAUGCCCCUCUGAUCUCCUGGCUCUGAUCAUCCUGGUGCAGGAUCUCUAUCCCAGCAAAAUCAACCUAGAUGACACUUCUGAGAUGGCCGAGGACAGUCUGCAAACUCUUGAAGCUCCAACUCCUGACCCUUCAGCCCCAUGCAGAGUAUUCCUGGAAGCCAAAGAGUUUCCCACGAUGCCUCACUCCAUGUAUUGCCUACCUCUCUGGCCGGGAAUAACUCUAGUGCUGCUUACCAAGAUUCCCAACAGUCAUGUGGCAGCAUCUGUAUGCUACUUCCUGGAAGCUUUCGUUAAGUUAGAGAAGAGGUUAUGUGAGGGGCAUGAAGGGGCUGCGGCCAUGCGGGGUCAGCCCUCUGUCCAGGAGCAGCGGAGCAGACUGGAGAAGUUCAUCAAAACCUGGGCCAGCAUGGACAUUCAGACUUCAGAACUUCAAAAUGCGUGGACAGACUUUAAGAACAAGGCAUUUAGCAGAUCAGGAUCUGGAUUCACAAGAGAUUUGCUGCCCUCUUGUCGAAACAUGAAGACUCAGUUGUGUGGAGUGUACAGGCAGUUUUUUGCAGCUGAGUGCAUGGGCAGCAGUCAGCGAUUGGCUCCUCAUCUGCAAGAACGAGCUCUUAGCAUGGUCCAAGAGAAGUUAAUGGACUGGAAGGAUUUUCUGCUGGUGAAAAGCAAAAGAAAUAUCACAAUGGUAUCAUACCUGGAAGAGUUUCCAGGUCUCAUCCACUUUAUCUACGUGGAUCGUUCAAAUGGUCAGAUGAUUGCACCCUCCCUAAAUGUGACGGAUCGCACUGUCUCUGAGCUCGGAAAGGGGCCUCUAGCUGACUUCAUAAAGAACAAGAUUUGGAGUCUUGUUGCAACAGCACAGCGGUACCUGCAAAAGGGUUACGCCACCGUGACGCUCCGGGAUGGAGAUUAUUUCUACUGUUACUUCCUGUGGUUUGAAAAUGAAACGGGUUACAAACUGGAAGUGAUAGACAUACCCAGCUCCCCAGAUGAUGCCGCUCCAGUAGGAAUGCUCACCUGUGAUUAUUACAGGAGGUUGCUGCGGUAUUACAGCAAAAAAUAUCAGAAUGAGGUGGUGAAGUGUUAUGAACUGUUUACUGUGCAUCUGGGUGUGAUCCCCAAUGAAUAUAUUCUUCAACACUGCAGUCAGCUGGCCCGUAAGCUGUGGGAGCCCACCCGUAUCCCGCUCCUGUGACCAACACGGCCCUCAAAAGAUUAUGGUCCAUGCAGCCGUGUUCACUUUAUUCAUGAUCUGUAACCUACGUGGAGAGUUUUCUAAACUUUCUGCACAAGCACUUCUUAUUUCAGUUAAGGUAAUUGCAGAAAAUAAUGUGUCAGUAAACCAAACACUGCACUUACAAUGAAACUUGAGUGUAAUGUGCAAGUGAAUGUUCUUAAGGUGCUUAUAAUGCAGAAAUAUGGCUGCUAGUAACAGAUUAUUUUUGUGAAACCAGGACCAAAUAAUAUAGGACAGCACUCCUUUUAAAGAUGUUAUUACCCAGAUUUUAUCAGGUAUCUGGCUUAGCAACGUUGGUUAGCAGAUUUACAAAACUGUAAAUCACAGUCUUUCAUAAUGAUUAAUGACUCAGUUUUUAGUGUGACAACAAAUUUUGUAAAUAAAUUGCCAAAAAAAAAGAAUAAAGAAAUAAAGUUAAAGCUGAAAUGUACAAUCUAAGUCUUAAGCAUUUUUAAAGCUUGUAGUUUUGUGUGUUUUUGCGACUUUGGUGCCCCCUGCAGUUAAGUGAGUGGAAUUCACUGUCGUAAUUACAGUGAAAAGAUGUGCACCUGUUUUAUUUUGUUUUUUUGGUGCCAUAAAGCAAUCCGCCCUUUCGCAGAAUUUCGUACCUGUUCAACAAACAAAGGAGCAUAGGAAUAAUAAUAAUAAUAAAAAAGCCAUUUGCCUCCUCAUUAGAAGUCAGUGUACCAUCAGAAUGAUUUUGAAACUGAUAUUUCAAAGUAAAAAAAUAAAUAAAUAAAAUUUCGUACACUUGAUUCAAGGAAAGAAUUGUAAUUUAUUUAUGCAGCAGUCAAAAAAUAUUGAUUUCAUUGCGAUUUUUCUCCUUCCAGUAUGUCAGCACUUAUUUUAGCUGUAAUUUUUGAUCAUGCAUUUAGUUACAGAAAGAGAACAAAAUGUUUUGUAUUUAAAUUUUAGUUUGGAGGUUAACUUAAAGACAAAAUAUAUUGAUAAUGAAAGUGCAUUUGUAUAUUUUUACCCUCUACAUUAAAAAAAAUAUAUGUGAUAUUUCACAGAACUGAUUGUUAUUACUUACAGGAAUAUGUCAUUUAUAUUUUGCUAUAAUAUUGCUUGUAUUUAUACAUAAUGUUCUGAUAAAAAGUUUACACACUAUGCAAUCAGUUUUCCAAGAAAAAUAAAUAGUAAAUAAUAAUUUAUUAGGAUAAA